UGUGGACGGAGCCCUCAGGGAUCACCCGCGUCCGCCAGCCUCGAGAGUCGUUACCUCCCGGGCUUGCUUUUCUCCUUUAUCACAGAUGCCUUAUUGUGAAAAUUAAGCUAAGUCUUUGGGACAUGGUUAAAAAAAAAACUAGCAAGUGAAACAUGCAAUAAAAAACUGAAAUCAACAGAAGAGGCUUAUACUAUAUUCCAUGAUGGUGAUGAUCAUUUUCACAGAUCCUAAGAGAAAACAGAGAACAACUGAAUACCUUUAUCCAUCUUUGAUGACAAGGAAAAUGGAAAAACUCAGGAGAGCAAGACUGAAACUACAGAUUUGUUGAAACUUUUGAGGGUUGUAAUCCCUUAAAAUAGGCCAGAUAUUGAAUCAUUUCAUUGGGAAGGCCUAGAGGAUGCAAAUUCUACAGUAGAAUCCAUGAACAUCAACAGAAUAUCUAAAUAACUAUACUUACGUUUCUGAAAAUAUUAAAGAAAUUAGAAUGGAAAGAAAUCACAAGUUAUCUAUCCCAGUUAGUGCAGAAGAAGUGGAAUAUAGCACAAGCAAAGCAUUCAUAGGACCUAUUUACAAAAGUCCUGAGGAAAAUAAACGAGAUAAAAGAAAACAUCACACAAAAAAAGUCACUGGUGGACUGGAAAACAAACAAAGCCUUUCUUCUAAUAAACUGGAUAUAGAUAAUGAGUUAUCUCAGUUUUACAAAGAAAUUCAGGAGCUUGAGAGUGAAAAAGAAGAUUUGGAAGAUAAUUGCCAGGAAUUUAAACCCACUCAGGAACAAUUUGGUUUAUGUGAUCAAGGCCUUUACAAUGAAAACUUAAAAUCUGAUGAAGAAAAGAAAGAUACUUGGUUUAGUACUAUACAAUCACCUCCUGGUGUUGAGCAAUAUUUUAGUAAGGAGCCAGUUGGUUGGAAUACUGAAUAUGCAAUUAAUGGACCAGUAGAACCUACAUUUUUAAACAACCCAAUUCCUUCCUUUAGGCCCGAAUGGCAGUCAUUGGAACCCUCUUUAGUUCCUCAAGGCCUUUUUCCUCCUGGAUUUAAUUAUCAUUUAAAUGUUCAAAGAUUUAACCCCUCUCCAUCUCCACCACCAAAUGUUUUUCAUGCUCCAGAUGUUAAAUUAUGUGAAAUGUACAAUGGAUAUAAUGUAAACAGUCGCUACACAAAUUGGAAUUGUCCAGCAUUUGACCAGACUAACAGAUAUUCUGAUUGUGAUGGGAGUAAUAGUAGCACACAGGCCUCUAGAAAUGGAUGUAAUGAGCAAGAUGGACGAGACAGUAAUGGUUUCUGUGAAACAAGAGAAGAAUCUUGGGAAGACCCUUCUUUAUUCCAGAUGGAAAAAACAGACAGGCUUUUACACCAGGAGUUCCAUGAGGAAAAGCUAAAGAGGCUACUUAUCCUUUUAAGAGGUCUGCCUGGAUCAGGGAAAACAACACUGUCUCGUGUUCUUCUUGGUCAGAAUCGUGGUGGCAUUGUCUUCAGCACUGAUGACUACUUUCGGCAUCAAAAUGGGUACACAUAUAAUGUCAAACAACUUGGUGAUGCUCAUGACUGGAACCAGAGCAGAGCAAAGAAAGCUAUUGACCAGGGAAGAUCUCCAGUAAUAAUAGAUAACACUAAUACUCAAGCUUGGGAAAUGAAACCAUAUGUGGAAAUGGCUAUAGGCAAAGGAUAUCGAGUGGAGUUCCAUGAACCAGAAACGUGGUGGAAAUUUGAUCCUGAAGAAUUAGAAAAGAGGAAUAAACAUGGAGUGUCUCGUGAAAAGAUUGCUCAGAUGUUGGAUCACUAUGAAUUUAAAAUGUCCAUCUCUAUUGUAAUGAAUUCAGUGGAACCUCCACAUAGAAGGUCUGAGAGGCUUCGAAGACAGAGGUGGGGAGGCUGUCUAGACUCAUGGAAUCACUUUGAUGUUGCAAAAUAACUAAUAUUCAGUUUGCUUUCAACUAAAACAAGCUUGUGGCUUACCUUUUAAAAAACAAAUUGAGACUUUCUGGAGGUUUUUAAAUAGGUUCAACUCUAAUAAAAAAAAAAAAAAGAGAACCAUCAUUACCUCACAGAGUUUGUUCCCAGAAAACUGUUUAAAAUUUUUAAAUGUAAAUAAAAAAUAGUAUAUAAAACUGUAUAUUAUUUUAAAAUAAUUUUUAUUGUACUAAUUUUGGUUUAAGUAAAACAUCUGAAUAGUGUAAUGUGAAACGUUUACUUCAGUUGAAUCUUAAAAUAAUUUUGAUUUCCAAAGUAGGAACCAUUGAGCAAUUUUUCCCAAGUUUAUUAAAAAAUUAGUUACAGAUAAAAUCUUGACUAUUCUGCUCCCCCCAAACAACUUGGAAUAUACAAAACAUAGCUAACUGGUUACAGUGUAUUCUAAUAUUUCAUAUGGUACUCAUUUCUUUAUAGGAGUAAAAUAUUGUUUCUAUAGAUAUAUCCACUUAAACAUUUCUAAACUCCAACCAAUGGCUCAAUUAUUUUGAAUAGAUUUUAAUUUUAAAAAUAAAUUGAAUAAUCCUUUAGAUUUGGCUGUAAUAAAUUUUGACCAGGAUAUUUUGCUUUCGCCACAUUUUUUAUACAAAGCACCUUAUAUUUUCUGAGUAACAGCUUUUCUAUUGAAUUAGAAUUCCAUCAGUUAAAAUUGUAGAUAACUUCUAAGUUAACAUAAUACAUCCCCCUUAAUUUCAGGAAAAGUCAAUUAAUCAUAUGCAAACUAGAAUUAAUGAACAAAUAAAUGAAAAGGCAUUUAUAAAGUCUUUACUGUGUACCAGGUAGUGUGCUAAGCUCCAGAAGAGAAUAAGUUCAAACUAUAAGCAUAGCAAUAGA